AUGCGCGUGGCACGCCGCGUGGUGAUGGGGCAAUCGAUAGCCCAGCAUCCCACGCGCCACGGCCCCCACACCCCCACCCUUCGCGCCAUCCCGCCGGGGCCGCAGCCUCCGCGCUUACGAAACUUUCGCGGUUCCGCAACUUUCGGCCGCUCAGCCGCGAUGCGUGGCGGCCGUGACCUGGUUGCGGAGGAGCCGGUGGCUGGUCUGCCGUUGGCGGGAAACGGUAGCGGUGCACGCGCCGACCUGCGGCGUCGCCAUCUUGUCCAGAAUCGGCUGCGAUUGCCUCCUGGGCAGAUAUCCGAUGCGUCAUUAGCUGCAGUGGCACUUUGGUUCAAGGGAAAUUUGUACGAGAAGCUGCGUUUCAUGUACGCCUUCCACCCGUCUCAAGAUAUCGUUUAUUCCCACGCGUACUUCAUAAAGGCGAAG